UCUACUUAAAUCCGCGGGAAAUUAGCGUUCGCGUUCUUUAUAUCAUAUUCGCUACAUAAUGAUUAUAGAAAAUUAAUGAGUGACAAAUAAUUAGAGUAAAAUUUUAUAGUUUAUUAGUGAUCAAAUUUUAUAGAAAAUAAUAUCAAGAUAAAUAGACAAAAUAAAGAGCAAGUUAGUAGGUUAUUUGAGAAUUUUACAUCAUGAGGAUUUUUUAGACUUUAAAAAUGAAUACAACAAGUGAAAAAGAUCAUGAAACUAAUCAACAACAUCAUACGAAAGUUCAAGAGGAGUGUCCUAGUCGAGUAAAAACUCAUCAAAAUUCAAUUAAGUCUGUGGAUAAUGAAAAUUUAAAAACAGUCAACGCCUCUUCUUCAACUAGCCGUUAUGGCAGAGCUAUAAAACAGGUUAAUAAUAGUAGCGAUAAUAACACAACGAAGAUGAAAAAAAUGGUGAAGAAUUCACGAUCAACAGAGCGUAAUGUAGAUGAUAAAAAUGUUGGUAAUGAUAAUUUAGAAAAUGACGACGUAGCCGUUAUAGCAAAUAUAGCGAAUAAAAUUGUUGAAAAAAUACCUGAAGCUGAAAGCAGUGAUUCAGGAAAGAAAAAAUGGUGGAAAGAACCUGAAGCAUGUCGAUGGAAGGUUGGAGAAUUAGGAUGGGCUCAAAUUAGCACAUUUCCUUACUGGCCAUGUAUAGUAACGUUAGAUCCAGAGGGCAAUAAACACACCAAAUGGAGAUCUUUCGGUAAAUCAACGGCUAACAUGGUUCACGUUCAGUACUUUGGCGACAAAGGACGUCAUAACUGGAUUUCAGAAGGAUCAAUGAUGCUUUUUACUAGUCUAGCAGAUUUUAACAAAAUGGCAAAUGAAUGGCUUAGUCAACCAGAAUUUUUGAAAAAAAAGGAACCAAAAAAAACUGCCGGAUUCACUGUGAAACAGUGUUAUCAAAAAAAAUGGAACAUUGCUGUUCAGGAAGCCGAAGAACUGAUACCACUAAAUUUAGCGGAUAGAAUAAAAGCUAUUCAACCUAAGAAAAAACGUAGACGUUCAGAAAUUUCCCAUGACUCAAUGAAAGAUGUAGUCAAAAGAACUAAGCUUAGUGAACCUUUAAAAAAUGGUUUAAAAAAAAGAAGAGAAAGUGAUAAAAAUCAUGAUGAAGAUGAUUCUAAAAGUGUUAUUAGUUUAGAUGGAGAUGCUCCACUCACACCUCCAUCGAGUCAUAAAGAUUCCAGUGAUGAGUCUAUUAUUGUUAAAAAGGUGAUGAAGAAAAUGAAACAACCAGAACCACUGCCAAGUUUUGAUCUUUAUUACCAAAGAAAUAAACAAGCCGUUGCCAAUAUCUCGCCUGAUUCGACUGAAGAUGAUAUAAAGAUAUAUUUGAAAAAAAGUUGGGAAAAUAUGCGUGAACAAGCACGUAGAAAAUAUAUUCCACAGAUUGUUAGAAAUAAGCAUAAUUUAAUUCAUAGUGAUUCUACUUUUUCUGAAGAAUCUCCUCCAAAACGGAAAAGACAGAGUAAAAAACAUGUCAAUGGUGAAAAUGAUAUAAUAGAAAUCAUGAAAAAAACAAAAAUUCCUAAUUUAUUUAGAGGAACAAAACCGGAGAAAGUUUGUCAAAUAUGUGAAAAGACUGGAAAUCUCAUAAGAUGUAAAGGUCCUUGUUAUUCUUAUUUUCAUUUAACCUGUGUAAAACCAGGAGAUUCGGAGUCUGAAUUUAGUGCUGAUGACGGAGAUAAACCUAUUGAAGAAAGUAAAGAAAAACCAGUUACAAUAACAAUCGAUGAUGAUGAAAAGAAGGAAAAUUCAGAGGAAUCAUUUAAAUGUAUAGAUUGCCUAUCUGGAGUAGCACCAGCUUGUUUUAUCUGUCAUGAAAGAGAAGAAGAACGGAUUCGAUGUUCUACAAUGACUUGUGGCAAACAUUAUCAUACAUCAUGUUUAAAAGCUUGGCCACAAUCUCAUUUACAAGGUGGUAGAUUAACGUGCCCGUAUCAUAUGUGUCAUACUUGUGCUUCUGAUAAUCCUCAAAAUGGAUAUGCUCGUGCACAAAAUGAAAAACUUAUAAAAUGUGUUAGGUGUCCAUCAACUUAUCAUGCUUCAACAGCUUGUUUACCAGCAGGAUCAGAAAUUCUUACGGGAAGUCAAAUGAUUUGUACAAAACAUUAUAAACCCCCACAUCCACCUUUAAAUGCUGCUUGGUGUUUUCUUUGCACUAAGGGUGGUAGCUUAAUUUGUUGUGACACAUGUCCUACUUCAUUUCAUGCAGAAUGUCUUCGUAUAAAAGCUCCAGAUGGUGCGUUUAUCUGUGAAGAUUGUGAGACUGGUAGGCUACCACUCUAUGGUGAAAUUGUUUGGGUAAAACUUGGAAACUAUAGGUGGUGGCCAUCAAGAAUAUGCUUUCCUCACGAAGUUCCGCCCAAUAUUCUUGCUGUAGCUCAUAAGCCUGGCGAAUUUUGUGUCAUGUUUUUAGGAACUUUAAAUUACUAUUGGGUUCAUAGAGGAAGAGUAUUCUUAUAUCAAGACGACGACUCCAAUGUAAAAAAUUCAGUAAAUAAAACCAAUGUUGAUGAAGCAUAUAAUCAAGCAUUAAAAGAAGCUAGUGAACUUCAUCAGCGACUGAAAAGAGAAAGGAAAGAUGAUGAAUCACGUGCUCUAAAACCUCCUCCAUAUGUUAAAUUGAAGGUAAAUAAACCUGUUGGAAAUGUCAAACCUACUGAGGUAGAAAGUAUCGUAGCCUGUGAAUGCGAUGCGCGAUGGGAAAAUCCUUGUUCUCCAGAUACUGAUUGUCUUAAUCGUAUUUUAUCAAUCGAAUGCAGUCCUGGGAUUUGUCCGGCAGGUCCUCGAUGUAGAAAUCAAUGUUUUGCAAGAAGACAAUAUCCAGCUAUGGAGCCUUUUCAUACUCGUGCUCGUGGUUGGGGUCUUAAAACUCUCGAAAAUAUCAAAUCUGGUCAAUUCGUAAUAGAAUAUGUUGGUGAAGUUAUUGAUGAAGCAGAAUAUAAGAGAAGAGUUAAAAGAAAGAAAGAACUUAGGAAUGAAAAUUAUUAUUUUUUAACCAUAGAUAAUUUUAGAACUAUAGAUGCUGAACCAAAAGGAAACUUGAGUAGAUUUAUGAAUCAUUCGUGCCAACCAAAUUGUGAAACUCAAAAAUGGACUGUUAACGGAGAUACUCGUAUUGGUUUAUUCGCUCUCCGGGAUAUUGAAGUUGGCGAAGAAUUAACUUUUAAUUAUAAUUUAGCAUCAGAUGGAGAAACAAGAAAACCGUGUCUAUGUGGUGCUCCUAAUUGCAGUGGUUACAUUGGCUUAAAAGCCCAAAAAUUAUCUCUAACUCCUGUUCAACAAACAAAAAUGGAAAAAGUUCCAGAAAGAAGGCGGAAUCGACGAUCACGAAGAAUAUACAAAUGUUGGAGAUGUAAAAAAGACUUAGCUGAUACUGAUGAAUAUGUCGAAUGUGAUUUAAAAACGUGUUCUAAAAGAUAUCAUAGAAAAUGUGUUUCACGACGAGGAGAAACGCGAAAAUUCAGCUGUCCUUGGCAUCAUUGUGUUGAGUGCAAAAAAAGAACUUCUGCCCAUUGUGCUUUCUGUCCUAUUGCCUACUGCCAAGUUCAUAUAGAAGGAAAGUUAACAGAGUACAAAGGAGAAAAAGGCGGGUAUGUUUGCAAGAUUCAUGAAGAUGUUGAGGAUGCUGAUUCUCGAAAAUCAUUAUCUCCUGUAGUAAAAGAAGAAUCUGAUAACGAUACUGAAGCUGAUAGAGAGUCGUUACUUGCUGAUUCUGAUAGCCCAAUAUCAGAACCUUUACAAGAAACUUCUCCUCAAGUAACAAUAGUCGAGGUCCAAGACGACACCGAAGAAGAAAGAAGCCCUCAAAAAGGUUUACAUAAUGGAAAAACGAUGACAAGGCAUACAUCUCAACAAUUUGGAAAUAAAAGAUAUUACCGUGAAAAUGAAAUGUUUGAUCUCCAAUCCUUGACUGCCAGUCAAUUAAAGCAAAUAAUCGGCAGUCAAUUUUAACUAUUUCAAAAGAAAAAAGUCAAAGAAAGUUAAGUAUUAUUUCAUUCUUUUUUAAAAAGCUAUCUUAAAGAAAUUUUUAAUAAAGCUAAGAAUUGCAAAAACUCUUAGGAUAAUUAAUAAAUAUGAA